CUGUCCAUAGAAUAGAAUUGCAAGUAUUCUACCAAGAAGUAAGAAGCACACCCAUCCACCGUUCAACGCCUUCUACUAAUACUUCUCCUUUCUCUCUCCCAAACACAAAUCACUCUUCUCUUCUAAUUCUUAUCACACCACUCCCCUCUUUAAUCAUGCAACGCUCUCACUCUUUCCCUCUCUAGAGACCUCGCCCUGCCAUGUCAUCACAAACCGCGCCCACGGAGGCGCCGGAGCCUUAUACGCCGCUUCUCCGCUCCCGCACCGAUGCCGGCCGAGGUCCCGCCCCCGCGCUGGCGCUCCUUCUCGGCCGCGCCGGCCGCCGUGGCCCAUCCAUGCUGGUACGUGAGACGGCGGCGCGUGAGCUCGAGGAGCGCCGCGCUGACUGGGGCUACUCCAAGCCGGUGGUGGCGCUCGACAUGUCGUGGAACAUGGCCUUCGUGGUCGUCUCGGCGGCUAUGCUCGCAUGCACCACCUCCGAGCACCCGACCACGCCGAUCCGCGUGUGGAUCGUUGGGUACGCGCUGCAGUGCCUCGUGCACGUGUUGCUCGUGUGGCUCGAGUACCGGCGCCGGAGCCGGAGGGACUCUCGCAGCGGCAGCCAGAGGGCGCGGGACGUGGAGAGCGACGCCGGCAGCGGCGACGAUGACGACUACAGUGACGACGGAGAUGGGAGCUCUGGCAGCACGUCUCGCUCCAGAUUCGCAAAACAAUGUGAGUCGUUAAAUACCGGGGUUUCAUUCAUUUGGUGGAUAGUGGGCUUUUAUUGGGUUGUCUCUGGUGGCGAUAUACUUCUGCAAGAUGCCCCAAGAUUGUACUGGUUGGCUGUUGUCUUUCUGGCAUUUGAUGUCUUUUUUGCCAUCUUUUGUGUUGUCUUGGCAUGCUUGAUUGGCAUUGCUCUCUGUUGUUGUUUGCCCUGCAUCAUUGCUAUUCUCUAUGCUGUUGCAGGACAGGAAGGUGCGUCAGAAGCAGAUCUUAGCAUGCUUCCGAAAUACAAAUUUCGAAUAUUAAGUGAUGUGGAUAAACCUAGUGGUGGAGCUGGAUCAAUGGUUCCCAUAGAAACCAGCAGUGCUUACUUGGAAAAUGAACGAACACUUCUACUCGAGGAUGCGGAAUGUUGUAUAUGCCUCUGUUCAUACGAGGAUGGAGCAGAGCUGCAUGCUCUUCCCUGCAACCAUCAUUUCCAUUCUUCGUGCAUUGUGAAAUGGCUGAAGAUGAAUGCAACUUGUCCUCUCUGCAAGUACAAUAUUCUCAAGGGAAACGAACAAGUGUGACAAAAAACGAAGAACCUACCAAGUCCCAACUGGGUGUUUCAACAACUGUUGUGCAAUAUGUAUAUAUAAUUUCAAGACAAGAAAGAGUUUACCUCCCUACUCGCUGGGUUUUGAUGGUUGUUUCGUUUAGCUGUUUCUGUAGAGAAAAGAUAUAUAGAGCAUUUAUUGACGAAUAAGUUAGCAACUGUAGUCUACUUAGAAUUAUUUCGACCUUUGUUAGAUUCAGAGAUGUCCAAUUUGUAGGUUGUUCAUUUCUUUUCUGACGGAAACUGGAUUGUUUCAUUUGCUACUGGUUGAGUAAUCGUAGGCUUUAUUAAUUUGAUUGUGUUACAUUAAUCCAUCUAUGUAUCUUGUUUAUUUAUGGACUAUGGUAUGAACUUUCUUAUUUUA